GGCCACUGUACGAUGCCUGACGUCACGGGGACAACAAGCUUUUCCUCUUUAUAGCGCUGCAUCCAAGUGUCUCUGCUCGUUUUUCUGCUUAAAUUCAGUGAUUUUUCGCGUUUCGUCGGUGUUGUGUCAGUCUGCGAUAUCGAGUAGUAUCGGGGCGGUGCUGAAUAGACGCUGUUUUGUGAGGAAAUGUAGAGAUUUUAGGGUUAUUUGCUAACUGGUUAGCAGGCUAGCUACCCCAGGGAGCUGAGCCGAGCUAGGUUAGCUAACAGCAGCAGCAGCAGCGGUACUGCUGAGCCCAUAGGGCUGUGUGAGCAGUGUGAUUAUAACAUAACCAGACUACAGCGGUUCUAAAUAACCCCCAGCCGUGUUAAACUCCCGCUCUGAGGAUGAACGCGCGCUUCACGAGCUCACGUGUGGACCAGGAGCAUCUCUGCCUCAGAGCUGCCUGAGCACAGACUGCAGCAGCAUGGCGGACACCCUCCUCCUCACCUUCCAGACCCAGCUCUCCGGGGUCAUGGAGACCAUCCUGAGGUCAGCUGUGUGUGAGAUCACCAGGCUGGUGGAGGGCAGUUUCGUAGAGGAGCUUGGUCGCGGGAAACGUGAAGCGGAUGUUCUGAGGAGAAGACUGCAAAUCCUGGAAAGUAAACUCAGUGAGAGAGAGAAGAUUAAAAGGGUUAAGUGUGUGGACUGUGGCAAAUCUGGAUUCUCCAAGAAGGAAGCAGAUGGGAGAAGUUCUAGGCAACAAACUGGUGUGGAGUUGGUUGGUGUUAAGAAGCAUGACAUCUCCACUGAUGGUGGCAGAUGCAGUGGGAAGGGAACUCUGACUUCAGGCCAAGAGGCAUCGUCAACAAUCCCAGACACUGAACUCAAGAUUGUUGAAGUCGAUGAAGCUAAAGUGGGAGGGACCAUGAAAGAGGAGGUUGCAGAAUCUCCAGACCUGCAGAUCUACCCAACAGCACACAGUCACACUGCAGAUCACAGAGAGCCACAGAGCCAUAAGGUUGGCGAGACCUCAGGCCUCCAUGCAUUGCACUCCGACCACAAGAUCCCUCAGCGGGACAAGCCAAGUCCCUCUGCCAACAAGUCGGGCAGUCCUGGUGUUCAGGAUUCUGUGAAAAAUAGAUCACUUUUAAAAAGGUCAGACUCUAAAACAGAGCAUGCUGUGCAAUCACCUCUCCCACAGCCCGGGCCUGCAGCUGUGCCAUCUUCUGAGUAUCCCUCUGUGAAACAGCUGGCAAAGAGUCCAGACUCUGUGCCAGUUAAACAGGAGGUUGUGGUGGUGCUUCCACCAGAAUGGGAGGAGGUUGAUAGAGUGAGGACAGGGACUGUUGCGGCCCCCAGCAGAGCAAAUCCAGCACGGGAUGAACUCCCUCGAGUAGAUCCUCCUCCACCGAGAUUUCCGGUGGAAGGAAAUGUGGUGUUUCCUGGGCUUGGUGGUGGUGGUGGUGCAGGCAAGGUCAGCAGCCCUGCCUCUCAGGUCUUGCAGCAACUUAGGACUUCAGGGAAAAAAAACACCAAACUGGUAGAACAUGGCAGCGUGUUGGCCUCCAACUCUGGCACUGUGAAUGUAGCCAGGGGACUGCCAGUCCACAAGAGCCCAGCUUCUCUCCCUAAACCCCCUCAGGCACUUCAGCACAUACAGAGAGCCUACACAGAGGAGAGGAGCAUCAGCACUUUGCAGUCUGGACGGAAUCUCAUGCAGGCACUCAGCGUUAGGACUGGUGGUCAUAUUGGGCACCAUGUGGUCAGGACUCCACACAACUGCAGCCAGUGCGGCAAAGGCUUCUCCCACUUGUGCCACCUGAGAGCUCACCAGCAGAUCCACACAGGAGAAAGACAGUUCUGCUGCAGUCUGUGCGGCCGCAGCUUCACCAAGCUCAGCAAUCUGAAGGCACAUCGCAGGGUCCAUACUGGGGAGAGACCCUACAUCUGCAUGGCCUGUGGCAAAAGGUUUACGCAGAAGUGCAACCUAAAAAGACACCAGAGAAUUCACUCUGCCAACCUGUGACAAGACUUUAGAUUUUAAUAACUGUAAUGAUGAGUUUUAAGGAGUUGUGAUCGGGCUCUGUGGAGUAGAGAGUACAGAGGUGUUCUGUGUUUAUGGUGUUUGUUAACUGUUGUAUUUGUGUACACUUGUUGUUUUGUAUAUGAGUGUAUGGCUAUUUAAGCAAUACUGUGCUUACGGACUUUGCAUAGGUCUAGUUUUUCAUAGUUGAAUGCCAUCAAAUGGCAUCAGAAUAGAUUAUGAAUAAAGAACAUUUUGUACUA